AUGUCCAUUCUUAUAUGGAAUUGUAGGGGUGCGGCUAACCCCAAAAUUGGUCGAACUCUGAAAAUGUUUGUGGAAAAAAAUGAUGUCAGUAUUGUAAUUCUGGUAGAGACUCGAUCUCAGAGUGAUAAAAGUAGACCUAUUAUGAAGAAGUUGAAUUUUGAUAAGGCUAUCUUUGAAGAAGCAAAUGGGUUUUCUGGUGGUUUGUGGGUUAUUUGGGAUUCAAAGAGAGCGAAGGUGCAUCCUAUCUCUCAAACUACUCAACUCAUUCAUAUGAAGAUUGAGUAUAACCAAUAUGAGAGUUUCCUUUGUACAACUGUAUAUGCUAGUCCCAGGGAGGAGAAUCGGCAGGUUAUGUGGAAUGUUGUGAAGAAUCUUAGUCAGGGUUUAUUGGUUCCUUGGAUUAUAGCUGGGGAUUUUAAUGACAUUAAAUCUACCAGUGAAAAAAGAGGAGGUUCUAGAAUAGAUGUUGCCAAAUGUCAGAGAUUUGCUGUUUUCCUUGAAGAAUGUCAUGUGGAGGAUGUCAAAUCUUCAGGUCCUAAUUUUACUUGGCAGGGACCAAAGUGGAAUCAUUUAGAUAGAGUUUUUAAAAAGAUGGAUAGAGCUUGUGCCAAUAUUUAUUGGAGAUUAAAAUAUGAAAAUGCUGAAGUCAAAAUCCUUCCUCGAUUAAAUUCUGACCAUAAUCCUCUUCUUAUCAAGCUAAAUGCGAUUAAAAAGAAUUGGCAAGAGAGGCCUUUCAGGUUUUUAGCUGCUUGGUUGGACCAUCCAAAGUUCCAGGAUUUCAUGGAAGAUAGUUGGAAUUCUUCGAAGGAGAUAAAUCUCAUGCUUGCAGAGUUAACUCCUCAUCUCCGUUACUGGAACAAACAUGUUUUUGGUGAUAUUCAUAGGAAGAAAGAAAAUCUUUCUAGGAAGCUUGCUGAUAUUCAAAAGCAUAGGACUCAUUCGGAUUCUCACUUUCUUCAGGAAUUGGAAAAACAGGUUCAGAUAGAUUUAGACCAAACAUUAGAUUAUGAAGAAAUGUUAUGGUUUCAAAAAUCUAGACAUAGUUGGAUAGUGGAUGGUGAUAAAAAUACAAGAUUUUAUCAUUCAAAGGAUGUUAUCUGGAAGAGUAUUAAUAAAGUGUCAAGGCUUCAAAGUGAAUCUCAGGUUUGGAUUGAGGAUCCAGUGGAACUUGAAGAUCAUGUUUGCAGGUUUUUUAAGAAUUUGUUCCAAGAAGAGAAUCAGAACUGA